AUGUUUAAGGAUGUUGUUUUAUAUGGAAGUGAAAUUGAAAGAAGAUCGUGGACAAGAAAUGAUAACCAGCCUGGAGACUUCUUGAAGAUCUUACAGCAAUUAAAAAGCAAACUGAAGCAAACUCUCAAACAUGGUAAAAAUGCGAUGUACGAUGAUGACGUAAUGCCAUUAUCUAUAGCUAAGCAUAUAGCUAAAUACUUAGCUAUACCUGAUCUAGUGCUGUUUCAGCAAAUGCUGAAGAACGGAUAUAAAGCAGCCAGCAACCCAGCACUAUGGGUAGGGAAAUUGAAGACUAUGGGAGUAUGGGAAAGAGCAAUGCCAGUGACCGACGAUCAACUAGGUAAAAUCAACUUUGAAUGGAUUAAAGAUCCAAUACGGUGUUUUGAUCAUAUCAUAAAAAAUCCCAAAGUGGCUAAGUUCCAAUGCAUUAAAAUAUAUUCCACAUUAGCACCAUUUUAUAACGACUUGCUCACUAGUAAACCUUACGAUCAAUUGACUUUAUUCAAGGUGUAUCUGACUCCCGAAGAACAAGCACGAAUACUUAAAAAUUUAAAAUUGCUAAAUGAUGUGGAUUAUUCUAUAACUUUGCAUGACCUUUGUCGAGAUAAAAUCAAUGAUUUAUUUGAAGUAUUUGAAAAUGCUCUUCUUAGAGAGUUGGAGAUAAACUAUGAUAUCCAAGAUUACGACAAGACCAAGAAGUUCGUAACUAUUUUAGCUGAGUUGCAUAAUGAUCAAACUCUCAUUAAUUUCUUUCUUCAAAAAACAAUCUUUGAUAAUGAAGAGAUGACUAAAUUCUUUCUUGUAUCUGAUUUUGGACCUGAAAGGUUUUUUUAUGACGAAGGUUAUGACGAAUCGUUAAUCAACGAAUUUAUUUCUGAUUUGGCAAAAAUCUUCAAUCAAUUGAGUUAUUUAAUUGACUUGGUAUUCCCCACUACAAUUCCAAUGAUGUACAAAGUUUGCGAGGAAUUGAUCCAAAACCAACUCAUGGAUCUUAUACUAUCGCUAAUAGAGCAAUCCAAGAAGCAGAAAGCACAUUUGAUGUUCUUGCCCUUUUUUUAUGAGAAAAUGUCCACAGACUUUAUACGUAAGCUUAAACCCAGUGAAAAUGCUGGCGAAUCUAAUGGAAGAAUGGUUAAAGAGUUGAUUGAUAUGCAAUUUGAGACAUUUACGGCAGAGUACAUGCGAGAAGAGACGUCUGAUUUCAAGGUAUUUGCAGAAGAUCAAAUUUUACAGUGGAAUGGAGAAAUAUUGAAAAGAGAACAAGAGACAACCAAAAGCAUUCUCAAACACGUCAAAUCGGAAGCUAAGAAUGAUUUUCUAAGUAGUUUCCGAAAAGUUUUUACUAUUAGUGGAUCAUCGAUAAGUUCUAAGCACGAUGGUGGGACAGGUGAAAAGAGUGCUGAAGAGGUUGUUAACUAUUCAAAAAUUGAAGCUAAAGCAAAGAUUUUAUCAGAGAAUUUAAAAUCCUUGACACAAAUUAUCAGUCCGGAGCUAGUACUUAAAGUAAUAAACAACUCCAAACAAUGUUUAGCACGCCUUUACAAGUUUAAAGAUUAUACAGUUAUCUCCUUGAGAAAGGAUAUUUUCAGUUCCAUGCAAGAGAUUUUCAUCAUAUUUAUUGACAUCAUAUCUUCCGAACAUUUGAAGCCAGGCUUUGAUAAAGCCAUGGCAUAUUUAGAGUCUUAUAAUAGGGACGAGAUCAGAGCAGCCGUAUUAGGAGGCAAGGCAUCUUACAUUGAACCACUUAUACAUUUUUUUGAAAUGAUUAAUAUGGCAGAUUUAAUCAUACAAAUGAUUGACAUUUUUUACAAAGAGGAGCUUAUUAACAAGCAAAUCGUGAAGCAUGAGAACUCCAUUUUAAACCCUUCCUUACAGAGUAAGAAGAAAAUGGAGGGUUUAGUUGAUAAAUACGUUGCUGAUGGACUCAAUGUGGGUAUAGAAUUACUUGCUAAGGAGAUUGAAACACUGUUUGAAAGAAACCUUGAAGCUUCAGAUUACGACCCCCCUAAAGGAUCAACCAAUAUCAAUAUUGGAAAUUCUCAUGCUGCAAAGGAAGCCAUCAAGAUACUUGACGAAAAUAUGGAUUUGCUUGUGGAUAGUGCCGACCGUUUAAUUGUUGAAGUAUUCCAACAAGAAGUUGCAGAACGAUUUUUUCAGAUUAUUGUGAAGGUAUUAAAGCGAAGCACAAUCUCUGUUGAUGGUGCUAUUGUUCUAAUUUCAGAUUUGAACUUAUACUACGAGUUUUUCUAUGAGCACAUUAAAACUAACAAGAGAAUGGUGAUGCCAUUUUAUUUAGGAUUGAAGAAUGUGGGGAGCUUGUAUUUGAUUGGUGGUGAGGACUCAAAGGCCAUUGGUAAACUCGUGUGCGACAUGGCAAAGUUCAACGGUAUAUUCCGACAAGAAGAAAUAUAUGAACUUGUGCAGAGACGAAAGGAUUGGCCAGUAAUCAAGAAACAUGUAGAAAAAGUCAUGUACGGAUUUGGCUUAGGCGAUUGUACCAUAGUUUAA